AUGAAUACUCUGGCUUGCCAUAGAGAAGCGCUCUUGCUCAGCACAGUGGAGUGCAUCGCUUUUGCCGCUCAGAAUGUUCACGAAAUCAUGCUGCACUUAUCAGAAGUUCCACGCUCCAGCGUGAACAACAUCUUUAAAGCCACCCAGAAGCUUGAUGAGCUGAAGAGUCAGCUGAACUGGGAUCAGCAGACCCUGGAGGCCUGGCUGCAGGAAUCAGCACACAAGGAUGAAGACACCAUGGCUAUCAUCAAGUACGCCAAGCAAGACGAAAGCAAGAUUCGAGAGUUGACGCUGAACAUUGAGAAGUUGACUCUUGAAGCCAACCAGAAGAGAAAAGCCUUGGACAGUGAAGUCACUGAGACUGUUACAGCACAGGUUGCUCUUGACAAGACAGCCGAGAGCUUUCGUCAGGCUCACAUUGAGAGACAAGAGAUGAUCAGCCAGUGGGAGAGCACCAUUGAACAAAUGAGAAAAAGAGACCAGGAGAUACAGCAGUGUGCCAUGAUGCAGGCAGAGAUGAACCAAGUAAUAAGAGAGAAGAAUUAUUUGCUCAAGGAGAGGAAGGACUUCAUGGAGCGUGAGAUAGAGAACAAUAAAGAGCUGGAGAGGAAUAUAAGUGCGGCUGAACGUCAGGCGCUUCGACUCAGGCAGCAGCAUCAGGAAGAGGAGAGGAGCCAAAGGCGUCUGCAGGAUGAGGUGGAAGUGCUGAAGGGAACUUUAGACCGAACAGCCACAGAUGUGGAGACCACCCGAUCUCAGUUAACCAGCAUGAAAAAGGACAUUCAGGACAAAACAGCAAAAGUUGAAGAGGCAAAGCUGCAUAACGCUGCUCUGAAGGAGAAACUGCAGAUGGUGACAGAGGCGGUGCUGGAUGGUGAAGAACAAGCAGCACAGAUGGAGCAACUGCACAGAGAACAGGAACAGAACAUCAAAGAGAUCGAUGCUCAGCUGCUCUGGCAGAGAGAGCUCAUGUUCAGAAAGAGUAAGGAGUUGCAGGGACUGCGUGAUAAAGAGAAGAACACCACAGCUGAGAUCUGCGCCACCCGGGCCGCUAUCUCCAACCUCGACAGCAGACUCAGCAAACAGGACCAGAACUUGCUCAAACAGCAGAUGAUAAUUUCCAACCAGGACUUUCAGAUCCAGAUGCUGGAGAGGAAGACUUUACACUUGCAGGGGAAGGUGAACACAGAAGAAAAGGAAGCUCUGGAGAAGAAGGCCUCUGAUCUGGGUGAAGCUCUAGAGGAGAAGAAGAGGACAGCCGCCACCCUCACCACACAGCUGAAGAAACUGCAGGAUGAUAUCCGCUGUGUUAGGAAAGACACAGAGAAGAUCGGAACAGAAAAGAGAGAACUGACCUCCAAGAUCCAGGAGCUGGAACUCUUCAUUGACAACUCUGAGAAAGACCAGAAAAAACUCAGGCUCAAAAAACAGGACAGCAUGGUGGAGAAAGGUCUCCUGAAGAUGGAGGUGCAGCGGCUGAGAGAUCUGCUGUAUGACCGAGCAGAUGGAGUGCUGAGCCUGGAGAAGAGACGUCUGCAGCUGCAAGUGGCCAUGAAAGAGAGAGAAGAGGAGAUCCAUGUGCACAGAGAGAUGCUCGCUAAACAGGCCAAGCUCACUGAACAGGAGAGACAAGGGCUCAGUGCUGCGGUGAAUGAGAGACUGUUCAAAAUUGACAAGAUGAGGAAGAGGUACGAGAUCCUUACUGUUUCUAUGGCUGCACCAGAGGGAGAAGAGGAGAAAUCCCAGGCCUACUUCAUUAUAAAGGCAGCUCAAGAGAAAGAAGAGCUCCAGCGGCAAGGGGAUGAUUUGGACGGCAAAAUCCGCAAGACAGAGAAAGAGAUCCACGCAUUGGAGAACACCCUGCAGGUUGUCAACAGCUGCAAUACAACCUAUCGCAAGGCCCUGACCAAAGUCACAGAGUCCAGUCCUGCGCACCAGGAGAAACUGAAGCUGGAGGAGCAGAGACGAGCAGCCGAGGAGAAAUACAAAUAUAAAAAACGGCAAAUCCGAGAACUGCAGGAGGACAUUGAAAGCAUGUCCCGCACAUUGGAUGGUCUUCUUCAAGAGGAAGCAGUCCAGAAUGAGACAACUGGGAGGACUCAAGCACAUGUGCUCUCUCUCAACAAAGACAUCCUCUCUCAGGAGGAGAAACUCAAUAGAGCCAUCAAACAGUGUGCCAAACAUACCAGGGAAAUUCGGUCUGCUAAAAACACCAAAGAGAAGACCUUUGAGGAACGUGACAUAGAGCUACGUGAACUCAGAGAUUUAAAUAAAAGCAUAAAUAAGAUGCUCCUUGAAGCCAUGGAGGAGAAUCCUGACCUUUCAUCUGCACUGCAGAUACGUUUUAUGCAGGCUGGUCUGUCCCUGCCCUCUCCCGCUUCCACUCCAUCCAGUCGUCUGAGCUCAAAGAUCAGCUCAGCCCGCAGUUCUGCUUCACUCCAUCGAUCCUCAAAUCCCUCAGCCAGCAGCAGUCCCAGAAGCCAGUCUGUCACGUCCCCUGCAGUGAAGACAGUGGAUCUGGGUUUGGGCCUCUCCGUCACGUCCCCGCAAGGGUCUCGGCCGCCCAGCGCUAGCAGCAGCAGCAGGAGCAGCAAGUGCAAAAGCCCUUAAUUCAGUGUUUCUUUAAAAUGGCUUUGGCUGUUUAAAAUUCACUUUUAUGUUUUUGUUUCCUAGAAGUUAGUUUCAAGCAGAAGUACUAUAACACAGUUUGAUAAUUGACCUUUUUCACAAAAAUGCUUUUGUUUGAAAGUGCAGACACAGGUCUUGUUUCAUUACUUGGAUUGUGUUACGUGGCAGCAACAAGAAAGAAACAAUAAAA